AUGGAGCGCCGUGGCCGUCUGACCCUGCUGGGAACGGAAUGGUCGGCGGUGCGGCGUCCCUUCGUGAACACGUCGGACGUGCCUCUGCGAGUCGUCACCAUCCACGACCCACCGAGCAUCUACGCACAGCAGCACCGAAAUGGCUCUGUCACCUACAGUGGCUACCUGUUCCAGCUGUGGCAGAUCGUAGCCGACGAGCUUGGUCUCAGCUACCGGAUGUCCGCUCCGCUCAGUCCCGGAUACGGCAGUCUGAGCUCAAACGGCACCUGGACCGGCGUGGUGGGGGACCUGGCCUACGGGCGCGCCGACGUGGCGCUCACACUGCUGAACCCCACUCCGGAGCGGGCUGCUGUGGUCGACUUCCUGGACGGGGUGCCCAUGGGGUCCGAGAGCACCACGUUUCUGGUGCGGAGGGACUCAGAGGCGGCGCCGAGCCUGUCGCUAGCGAUGUUCGCCAGCCUGCUGCGGCCGCUGGGCGCCGACGUGUGGUGGACGCUGGCCGCCGCGCUGCUGGCGCUCUCGCUGGUGCUGCGCCUCUCGCUGCGGUUCAACAGCGCCAGAGCCGAGGACGGCCGGCUGGUGCGCGACAUGGGCUGGGGCUCGUGUCUGCUUGCCAUGACCAUGACUGUGUUAGGACAGGGCUGGGACAGGACGCCGCGGUCGCUGGCUGGACGCACUGUCACCAUCUUUGGCUGGAUGAUGGCAAUCCUGAUCUACGUCAAUUACACGGCCAACUUGAUGUCCUUUCUAACGACGCACACGGUCGGUCGGCCCAUCAACAGCGUGCGCGAAUUCGUCCAACAGCCCGCCUGGACUCUGGCAAUACCCGCCGGUUCGCAGAAACUGAACAAACUCAGAUCGAGCCGCGACAGCUUCGAGCGCGAGCUGUACCGACGCUCUACGACCGGCGACAGGUUCAUCUCGAUAUACAAGACGGAGAAGAGACGGGCCGAGUGUGGCUCGCAGGCAGGAUACCGAGAGCUGUCAUUUGGCAACCUGCUGGCCUUCCUGUGUCUCGUCCCUCUCGGAGUCGCCCUCAGUCUGAUCGUCCUGGCGCUGGAACUGCUGAUCUCCAGAGUCAGAUCUCCGAAACGCAGACGGCAGCUGCGCAGCGAAGUGUAG